UCAAAGAUUGCAACAGCUGUUUGUGGGCUUUUGACGAUGUGACGAUGUUAAUGAUAGAUAUAUUUUUUUACUGGAAACGAUCUAUUGGACCUUUGGCAAUGACACAGCAGUGUUCUUUUUGGAAUAUUACCUAUUACAGGAUUAUGAUGAGACUUCAUAGCAUGAUCGCAGAAUGCACCGGGACCCCCUCACCAGUGGAGCCGCGUCGUGAUGACUGUCCGCGGGCAGAGCUGCAGCCCGGUGACGCUUGACAUUUCCUCCAUUCAGUAGUAGAUUUCUCCACGCGACGCUGCGCGGUGAAACUGGAGUCUUGGCACAAACAGUGUCACUCUCUCGCACUUAGAGGCGGUCUUUGCUCCAACACGUUCCUCCGAGGCUUCUCCUUCCUUCCUCCUGGGGAUUUGAAACUUGAGCGACUUUCCCGUCACAGGCAGAGAAUAAAAGGCGAACGGACUGAUAGUGUCGGUGCGGUGAAUGUAGCGGCAGGCUGGGCGUCUGUCUGCGGGGCGCACAGCGGUACUGCUGGACCAGCCGAGAAGAGAACGCACCAAGUCCCGUCCAACAUCCCCGUUCAGCGCCGGCGUCCCAAACUCGAUAAACAUGAUUCUCCUCGGGGUUGUGCUCGCUCUCUUCUUCUCAGGUGUGUUGCCAUCCUCAGCAUCCAUCUUUCCUUUCCCUACCAUCCCAACUGACUGUGUUGAAGCUCAUCGAGUGUGCUCCGCCGACCCCCGGUGCGAGGCGUUGUACAGGGGCUUGGAGCUGUGUGCGGCCGACGCAGCGGUAUCCCCGCUCGGGGAACAGGCGGCUGCUGAGUGCCUGGAGAGGCAGGACGCUCUGCUCGCUAAACACCCCGCUCUCUUGGUCUGCAAGUGCCAGCGUGGCUACCGCAAGGAGGAACAGUGUCUCCGCAUAUACUGGAGGGUUCGGCUGCUGCCAGGAGAGGAUGAGUUGGAAAUAUCUCCCUAUGACGACACACUGAUGGAUACUCGCAUGGCCUCCUUAGUGGCAGCCUCAUCUUUCAUGCAACUGGAUGGUGAGAACCAGUGCCUGAAGGCAGCACAGGACUGCGGCCUGUACGAGAAGUGUGGUGCUCUGCGAUCAGAGUAUGUCCUGGCUUGCACCAAGCGGGUUCCCGGGACCAACCGAUGCAACCAGCAUAAGUGCCAUCGAGCCCUGCGACGCUUCCUGGAGCGGGUGCCUGAGGAGUACAGCCUGGGUGUCCUGUUCUGCCCCUGCACCAACACCCUGUGUGGUGAGAGGAGGAGGAAAACCAUCGUACCCUCCUGCUCCUACCAGGAGAUGGACAGUCUGCAACCUAACUGCCUCCACCAGCAGAGCUCCUGCCGCCAAGAUGACCUCUGCAGGUCCAGACUGGCUGAUUUCCUUAAUAACUGCCAGCCAUCUCCUCUGACGGCCAGCGGCUGUCUGAAAGACUCAGCAGGCCUGUGCCUCCGAGCCUACGCUGGACUCAUCGGUACCAUCAUGUCUCCCAACUACAUCAGUAACAGCUCUGCAGACGUGUCGCUGUGGUGUAACUGUGAAGGCAGCGGCAACCAGUGGCAGGAUUGUCUGAGACUGCAGAGCGUGUUCACCCAUAACACCUGCCUGCGUAACUCUAUCAGUUGGAUGGGGAGCCCCGGCUCCCUGCCUGCAGACUUCACCCCCCCUCCUGCUCCCAGACCCUCCCCGCUGGUUCAGCAGGAUGAGCUGCUGAGCAACAACCACCUGCCUGAACACAACAACAUUGUGGUGGAGAUUGAGGAAGAGGAGGAACUGACACAGAGAGAGGAGGAUGGUGAUGAAGGUGGCCAGUUUGACGUCAUCCCGCUGUACUCAGAGAGGGCCACCGUCUCCAACCUGGGCUCUUCCGGGACAGGUGGGGCUACAUCCCUCACCACUGGCCUUCCCAAAUCUGCACUACUGAUCCUUCUGAUUCUGUCUGCCUCCCUCAGUUGGGGGUAGAACAGAGGAUAUAAAGAAGACACACUCACACACACACAUAUACCUGCACACACUCACAUAUGAUGGACCUGCCUACAAUCGUGGACUGAUCGUUGUAAAAUGAUAGGAAACACAGUGAAGAAAUGGACUUCACAUUUUGUCAGUAGCAUCCUCUUGAUUCCUUACUUCUGUCCUUGCUUCCCUCUUUUCUUCUUUUGACAAUUACACUUUGUUCAACGUGGUCUGACUGCAGCUGCUGUGAUGUAUUAAAGUCCUGUGAGUCCAAAUAACCUAGUUGUGGUAGGUGUGCUGCCAUCAACCACUGAGCAUAAUGUAGCUGUCCCUGUCAGUAAAAAUAUGUUCACUUGAGUGGGCAUCUCGGUUGUUAGGACAAACAUAUUAGAGGGCCAAGGUGUGUUGAAAAAUAAAAAACUGUUGUAUGCAAUCGCUGGCAGUUCAACACAAGCAAAUACAAAAUAUAUACAUUAAGCUCGCACAGUUAAUGUCUGGUUAACUUAGCAAGAGGAUACAAAUAUGUACCAUAAUAAAAGUAGCUAGGCCACCUUUGUAUUUAUCUGGUGUGCCCACAAUACUAGCAGAGGAGGAUACGCUAACGAUCUGAGAAUAAGAUGUUAACUCUCCCGAGUCAUUGCAAUGUCUUUUCCUGUUCUUCCCAUUCUGCAUAGCAUACAAUGUAAUAAUCACUAACUAACACAGUGCAUUAGGCUGCACGCAUGGUACGAAAUAAAUGUUAGCAUUUUUGGCUGAGAGCAGCACAAAAACACAGCACAUCAUGUUGCAUUCUGUUGGAAUCUUUUAAUGAUAUGAAUAUGGAUUUGUUGAUUUUAUUCAUCAAUGGAGCUCUGAUUUUUUUAACUGCUCAGCGUUCCCAAGCUGACUAGCUAUAACUUUAUCAACUAUCCUCGCAAUAUAAUGAAAUUGCUGGAUGCACAGAAACAGGCUCCAAACUCUUUUUAGUGAAAAGUUGCAACAUAGAAAAAAGAAAUCUGAAAAGGUUGCUACAUGUGAUUAUGCAAACAAGCAUUUUAGCAUGCUAAUGAAUUUAGCUAGUUAAGUUGAUAAUGACACUGUAUACAAACAUCUCAUUUAUGAUACAGCCUGUUCUUGAUUUAUAGCUUCUACAAAAUCCACCAAUAGCUGCUUUUUAAAAGGAACACAGUCAAAAUAAUAAUAUAAUAAUAACAACCCAAAGUCUGGUAUCUAGCUAUCAUUAGCAGCUAAACAAAAUGUAGUGUCAAACAUUACAUUACAAAUUAUUAUUAUCUUUAAACCCACAUAGAUAGUUGUCCUACAUUUCCUGUUUUUGGAGUCAAAUCAGCUGAUGGGCCAGAAAAGUGGACAAACAAAAAGUCUGAGUGCUGAAGAUAAACCCCACACAUACCCACACACACAGGAAGGCCCGACGGCUGCAGUCGGACCUUGUUGUUGUUUUUGUUAUUGUUGUUGUUGUUUUUUUUAACUCAUUGAUGGAUAAUGAUUUGUCCCAGUGGUUGCGACUUACCUGUCUGUGGGUCAUGCUACCAAUGAGUGAAGGAGGAAGGGGCGUUUAUAUAUGAUGUAUCAGUCUGACUUCAUCACAGUGAUGAAUGGAGAGAUCCUCUUCUCCCCGUUCUACAGCCAUGGUGAAUGACAAAUUACACACUUGUCUCUCAUUGUUUAAUGAACAUCAAGUGCCAAGUGUGUGAUGUGUGAUGUGUGAUGUGUGUGUUUGUGCGUGCCUGCAGGGAUCAGGCAGAGAUUGCAAAGAAAAUUGGGUGAAGCUUUUUGUUAUAAUUUGAGUCUUGUACUUCAUCGUUCCCACCCACGUCAGCAUGGCCACACAUACUGUACAGAGUCGCACACACACACACAUUUGCACACACACUGCCUGCCAUGUAUUGAGCCAAUGCAGCUCUUUCUUGCUUUCUUGCUUUAUUGCUCUAUCCCCAUCCCUAUCUCCCUCCCCGGUGACUCAGGACCGGGACCCGAGCUGCCACAGGCACCGAUAUGAAUAAAGCCGUCAUAAUAAAAACAACACACCAGAAACAAUAUGAGCUCUAAAACGGCAGAACAAAUCAAAUAGCAAACCCAGCAGGCGAAAAACACACGCUACUUUUGACACCGACACAGACAAAAUGAAGAGAGUUAGAGAAGGAGUGGGAGAGAUGUAUGGAGGAGAAAUUAGGAAAGAAAAACAAGGCCAGGUCCCUGUGUGGUCAUGUGCAUUUGAUGUUUUACUUGUACUUAGUUGGGAGGCUGAUAAUCAGUCCCUGACAACAUCUCUUUAUCAUCUGACAGGCUCACGCGGGGAGCAGUGUGUGUGUGUGUGUGUGUGUGUGUGUGUGUGUGUGUGUGUGUGUGUGUGUGUGUGUGUGUGUGUGUGUGUGUGUGUGUGCAUGUUUUGUUUCUCUUUUUGUUUUCUGGGAGGGGGGGUCAGGCACUGAUAGAAACAAAAAAAACCCUGGAGCACAAACAUAACAGAGAAUAUCACCGGCUCUUGAUUUUCUAUGUCAUGAAAACCUUUUGCUGACACAGUUCCUUUUUUUUCUUUCUGUUUCUUGGAAUGUGUAACGUCCACCUCCACCUGCAGAGGCGCUAAUGAUGGUGGAGGGCAAGGAGACAGAGGAGGGAAAAGAUGAGAGAGAAAGAGGGAAUGUAAAGGAAAAGAGGAAAGUGAGGAGAGGACAAAAUAGGGAAACAAGAGAAAGUUAAGCUAAGAGAUGAUAGGAGAUUAAAAAAAAGAGGAAAGAAAUAGGAGGGA